AUGGUGGAGCCAAACUCAGAUAUCAUAGAAGAUGAAUACCAAGAAGAGCCUGAAUUCUUAGAACAAAAUAUUGAAGAAAUAGAAGAAGAAGUCAAACAAAUGAUAGAAGGCCAAAUUUCUGAAGAAGAAGCCAGAGAAGAAGUAAUUGCUGUGCUACGUACAGAAAAAAAUUUUGACUGAAAUCUCGAUAGAAAUGAAGCUGGACCUAGGGUUUCUGAGGAGGGAGAAAAUGAAUUAGUUAACCCAAUUGAAGAAACCAAGACUCCUAUAAAUUUAUCAAAUGCUCCUGUAGCCAAAAAAGGCACAAAAUAUGCAAUUGAAGAUAUCAGAGACAUUUCAUUGUUUCCGACACUAGUCCCAAUUCCAAUUAUUACCUAUCCAUUUGAGCUAGAUGUUUUCCAAAAGAGAAUUUAUAAUUUUAUAGAAAAUUUCCCUGCUAGGAAUUUCUAGACACUAUUUAUAUGGAUUUUCCCUUUUUUCUAGAAAUUAACCAAUGCUAAAAAAUUUUUCGCCCAAUGACGUGGAUUUAUUAAAAAUAUUCUAUAAAAAUAAACCUCAAAAGAGAGCGAUUAUGAGAUUAGAAGAGCGCUCAAACGUAUUUGUCGCUGCCCACACAUCAGCAGGAAAAACAGUCGUCGCUGAGUACGCAAUAGCCCUAGCCAAAAUGAGAAAAGGCCGAGUCAUUUAUACAAGCCCAAUUAAGGCUUUAUCAAACCAAAAAUACCGAGAGUUUAAAAAUACUUUUGAAGAUGUAGGAAUCCUAACAGGAGAUGUCAGCGUAGAUCCUGACGCGUCUUGUGUCAUUAUGACUACAGAAGUACUAAGAAGUAUGCUUUAUAAUGGCUCAAGUCGGCUUCGUGACUUAGAAUGGGUGAUCCUUGAUGAAGUCCACUAUAUAAAUGACGUAGAAAGAGGAGUUGUAUGGGAAGAAGUCUUAAUUAUGCUGCCUCCCUAUGUCAGAAUUGUUAUGCUGUCAGCUACAGUGCCAAACUAUAUGGAAUUUUCUGAUUGGGUUGGCAGAGUAAGGCAACAGGCUGUAUAUGUUCAAAUUACCUAUCAAAGACCGACUCCGUUAGAACAUAUUAUAUAUGCCCAAGGCGAGUUUUUUAGGCUAAUGGACGACAAAGGAAAUUAUCAUGAAGAAAACUAUGAAAAAGCGAUAAAAAAAUUAAGCUCAUAUGAAAACAGAGGCAAAAACGCAGUAAAAAGAAAAGAUAAAGACAGAAGAAGCAAAAGCAGAUAUAGGGUUAGAGGGAAAACUGAGGAUCAGCAGUAUAAAGACCUUAUUUUGUCCUUACAAAAACUCAAGCUUUUGCCUUGUGUCGUUUUUGCGUUUUCCAGAGACAAGGUAGACCAUAGAGGCGAAAAACUGUCUCAGGUAUGCUUGCUUAAUAAAGCAGAAAAACACAUUGUAAUGCAGUUCACAAAACGAGCUAUAAGCAGACUUAACCCAAUAGACAGAGAGCUCCCUCAAAUAAAAUUUGUUUUAAGCUUAUUAAGCAACGGAAUAGGUGUCCAUCAUAGUGGAAUCCUCCCUAUCCUCAAAGAAAUUGUAGAAAUCCUCUUCAGUAAAGGCUUGAUAAAAGUAUUGGUGGCUACCGAAACUUUUGCGAUGGGCCUUAAUAUGCCUACACGUACCGUCGUUUUUUGUGAAUUAAAGAAAUUUGAUGGGCAUGACCAUAGAUAUUUGAACCCUGGGGAGUAUACACAAAUGGCUGGCAGAGCAGGCAGAAGAGGGAAAGAUACUAAAGGAAGCGUUAUCAUGUUUUUUAAGGACUCGUCAAAAAUUCCAAGCAGCAGAGAUUUGAACCAAAUAAUGCAUUCAGAGCCGAGGAAGCUAGAAAGUAAAUUUAGGAUUAGAUAUAACCAGAUUUGUAAUGUGCUAAAUACAGAAGGAAUGUCAAUGGAAGACUUGGUGUCUAAAAGUUUUCUGUCAAAUUCUACAUUUAUGAACUUGAAUGAACAGACACAGAGCUUGAUGCUUGAUAAAAGUCUUGAAGAUAUGGAAAGAAGAUACGAAGCAGGAGAACUAGGAGCUAUGAUGGAAUUUUUGGGGAUUUUAAGAGAAAUUAUUGACAUUUCUGCAGGGUUUAACCAAUUAGGCAAAAAGCCAGGUGAAGGAUAUUUUGUAGAAGUUCUUAUCAAUGGCUCUGCAAAUUUGCCUGGAGUCAUGCUGAACAAAGGUAGCAAAAUCAGCUGCCUCGUCUUUGACUGUAAUGGAAUAGUCCCUACUCUCCCCAAUCAAUUCCCAGGUGGAAAAUGGGGAAUUGAAGAAAUCAGCUUAACAGACCUAAUAACCAUUUACAAAGGCUCCCUCACAAAGAAGCACACCUCCAGCCUCAGAAUCAAGCAAUUCAGCCCCGAAUGGCUUCAAGAAGUUCUAGCUUUACUCUACAAAUCCCGGUCCGAUUCCCUCUCCAGCUCUCAAAUCUACAAAGAAAAAUCUCCAUUGCACGCCAAAAAAGACGAGCUUGUCCUCCGUCUCCUUACCCACCCUUGUUUCAACGACCCUUCCCGACACGAAAUUUUCAUAAAAUCUACUCUUCUUUUCAAAUAUCGUGAAGAGUUAGAAAAAAUAGAACGGGCCAAAGAAGAAGAAAGGAAAAGCUCAAGUCUGGAGUCUGACUGCAGAAUAAACCUUCUCAAACAGUUUAAUUACGUUGACGCCAAUUUAAUAGUAGAGCUAAAAGGCAGAGUUUUAGGGAUUUUCAAUAACCCUUAUAAUUUUGUGAUAGUGGAAUUGCUAUUUAAUGGAAUCCAUAUGAAUUUGACUGAAGAAGAACUAGCAGCUGUGACCAUUAUUUUUGUGACUGAAGAAAAAAAUAAAACUGAGGACAAAAACUGGGAGGAAGUCUCUCCAGGGCUAAAAAACGCGAUUUCUAUGAUAGAAAACCUAGUAGAAACUUUAAGACAGAAAGAAAAAGACUUAGAAAUCAAGUCAGAAAUGGACGAAAAAAUCAAGCUGGGGCUGGUAGAAGUCGCCUAUCUCUGGGCUAAAGGAAAACCGUUUAUUGAUAUAUGCGGAAUUACUGAUAUAAAAGAAGGAAAUAUCGUCAGAGGAAUUUUAAGACUGCAUGACCUUCUAGGGAAGUUUGUAGAAGCAGCAGAAAUUAUGGGAGAUGGCGAGCUUGACAGAAAAGCAAAAGCUGCCUGUGAGUUGAUUAAAAGAGAUAUUGCGUUCGCGACAAGUCUUUAUAUUUCUAUUUAA